UCGCGCGUUCGCAGUGUAGACAGCUGCGUUGUUGCGUCGCGUCGCAUCGCGUCGCAUGCGGUGUAUUCAGGGUGUUACUGCGCCACCAUUUAUAAGUGCAUUCUAGAGUAUGGCAAGUGGAUUAAAUAUUCUCUACUGCACCACGAACUCCUUCCAGAACUGUGAACUGUGAUUUUUAACCAUUUAAGCUUUAGUGGCACAAAGCACCGCAGGAGACGCAGAGUCAGUGUUUGACAGAAGCAUGGCCGAGCGCGGGACGUGCGCACCUCUCAUGUAUCACCGCGCGUCUUGACCUGGACAAAAGAGGCAAUAUUUGACUCAGGUCAGUGCGCUGAAUGAGAAGACGAUGGACAGCCGGACCGAGAAUCCGACGAAGGCAGCGGGCUAUCUGAAGGAGCUGAAUAAGAUCAUAGAGACCCAGCAGACGCUGCUGGAGCGGCAGAAGAGGCGCAUCUUUGAGCUGGAGCAGCAUGUGUCCGACCUGUGCGCAGAGAACAGCCGCCUGAGACACGAGUACCAGCGGCAUCUGCUCACCUGCAGACUGCGCUCCAUCCAGGAGAACAGCCCGCUACAGCAGUCAGAAUAUGGCAGUACAAGAAUCGUCAGAAGACAUGCCUCCCUUCCUGUGGAAAUGACAGACAGUCCCAGCAGCCUCAGAUCAGCCGUGUGCAGGAGAACUGUGCCGUGCCGACAGUGGAAGUCUGCAUCCUUCGGUGUGGAGGGGAAUGUUCAAAACAGUGAGCCCGGCCCUUCCUUGGACACCAGCACAGGAUAUGGCCAUGAUCGAGUCUCUGUCACACACAGUUCUUCCUUGAGUCCGGAGCAGUUUGAAAGCCCAGUGUACAGUCACAACAUCCAGCCAGGCCCACAGCGCCCUCAGCGGCCCAAACUACAGCACUCUCAGUCCAUCCUCCGCAAGCAGGCAGAGGAGGAGGCCAUAAAGCGCUCGCACUCCCUCUCUGAGAGCUAUGAGCUCUCCACAGACCUGCAGGACAAGAAGGUGGAAAUGCUUGAACGGAAAUACGGAGGCCGUUUCAUAACCCGCCAUGCUGCACGUACCAUACAGACAGCUUUCCGCCAAUACCAGAUGAACAAGAACUUUGAGCGUCUCAGGAGCUCGAUGUCGGAGAACCGCAUGACCCGCAGGAUCCUUCUGUCCAACAUGAGGAUGCAGUUUUCCUUUGAGGGGCCUGAGAAAGCCCACAGCUCUGUAUUGGAGGGGAGGCAAAUGUCUCUCCUGGAUGACGUCAGCCAAGUAGGAGGCAUGGUGCAGGCCACAGAGAUGGUCCCUGUCAUUUUGGAAGCCCCAGAAACUCAAAACGACUUGACAGACACAAUCACAGAGCUAGAGGACACUUUCUCCAGGCAAGUGAAGUCACUGGCGGAGUCUAUCGACGAUGCACUAAACUGCCGUAGUCUGCACAAAGAGGAGACGCAGCCCGAGCAAGCAGUUUGUCAGGAGAGCAAGCAUCAGGAUGAUGAGAUCUGCGAUGUGACGCUCUUCAUCGAUGAAGAGGAGCUCUCUCCGCUGGUCCAGCCGUCCACUGACGCCAGGGAUGAGAAGCUGGACAUGGAUACUCCUUCCCUUGAGCACCAGGGGCCAUGCUUACCUCUGCUGACCAUUGAGCCUCCCAGCGACAGCACAGCAGAUACAAGCCACCACUCCGAGCAAUGUUUGGUCCAGCCGCUAAACAUUCACCAGUGCACCGCAGCUGGACCCUGUCCCAAACAAGGGCUACCUCCUAGAGUCCCUUCGCUCUCUGGAGACGAAGAGCCACUUCGACACCAGCAGCUGGAGAGCCACCUGGCCACCAACGGCAAGCGGCAGAGCAAGUCCGAGUCAGAUUUCUCAGACGGAGACAAUGACAGCAUCAACAGCAAUUCAAACUCCAUCGACACGAUAAACUCAGAAUUGUCAUCCAGAGACGAACAGAGUCUCAGGAAACAGAUGUACCACAAAGACACUCGCAACAGCUGGGACUCUCCGGCUUUCAGCAGCGAUAUCAUGCGCAAGAGACAAUACCGCAUCGGCCUCAACCUCUUCAAUAAAAAGCCAGAGAAGGGCAUCCAGUACCUGACGGAGAGGGGCUUUAUUCCGGACACACCCGUGGGUGUGGCCCACUUCCUGCUGCAGAGGAAAGGCUUGAGUAGACAGAUGAUUGGAGAAUUUCUCGGGAACAGACAGAAACAGUUCAACAGGGAUGUUUUAGACUGUGUGGUGGAUGAGCUGGAUUUCUCAGUGAUGGAGCUGGAUGAAGCUCUGCGCAAAUUCCAGGCUCAAAUCCGGGUUCAGGGUGAGGCACAGAAGGUGGAGCGCCUGAUCGAGGCUUUCAGCCAGCGCUACUGCAUCUGUAACCCUGAUGUGGUCCGUCAGUUCAGAAACCCUGACACCAUCUUCAUCUUGGCUUUCGCCAUCAUCCUCCUCAACACAGACAUGUACAGCCCCAACGUCAAGCCGGAACGCAAGAUGAAACUUGAGGACUUCGUCAAGAAUCUGCGAGGGGUUGAUGAUGGCGAGGACAUCCCUCGGGAGAUGCUGGUCGGGAUUUACGAGCGGAUCCAGAAGAAGGAGCUCAAAACCAAUGAGGACCACGUGUCUCAGGUGCAGAAGGUGGAGAAACUCAUUGUGGGCAAGAAACAAAUGGGAUCACUUCACCAUGGCCUUGGAUGUGUGCUGUCUCAGGCUCAUCGCAGGCUGGUGUGCUACUGCAGACUGUUUGAGGUCCCAGAUCCCAACAGACUACAAAAACUGGGGCAGCACCAGCGAGAGAUCUUCCUGUUUAAUGACCUGCUGGUGGUUACCAAGAUCUUCCAGAAGAAGAAAAACUCAGUGACGUAUAGUUUCAGGCAGUCUUUCUCUCUGUACGGGAUGCAAGUGAUGCUCUUUGAGAACCAGUUCUAUCCGAAUGGUAUCCGGCUGACUUCAGCCAUUCCUGGUGCAGACUUCAAAGUCCUGAUCAAUUUGAAUGCUCCCAACUCUCAGGACCGCAAGAAAUUCACCAGCGACCUGCGAGAGUCCAUCGCCGAGGUCCAGGAAAUGGAAAAGUACCGGAUAGAGUCUGAGCUGGAGAAACAGAAAGGAGUGGUCAGACCCAGUAUGUCUCAGAGCAUGUCGGGCCUAAAGAAGGAGAGUGGAAACGGCACCAUGGGCCGCACUAGUCUGGAUGACACGUACACCAUGGGGGAGGGGCUAAAGCGGAGCGCGCUCAGUAGCUCCCUGCGUGACCUUUCUGAAGCAGGGCUCCAUCUGUAGCAGUCCUGCUCUGCACCAGAGAGACCCUUCCUUCCAGGAGCAUCUGUACCCUGACACACACAGCGCUCCAGACUCCUUCCUUGGGUCACUCUUUGAAAGCAUUCGGGUCAAGCGCUUCGUCUUGGGCAAACCAUACUGCCCUAUCACCACACCCCACUAUAGCACAUAGCCAACGUGGCUUUCAGAGAACAGCACAUGAUCAGCAAAUACAGACCCUGUGCUAUCAGCACACUGGUAUGAGCUUCAGACAGACACCAGCCAAGCAUCUGUGUUGGAUGCCUUUCGCUCUUACUUCAUUAUGCCUACUGGUGAAGGUCACAAGAUUAGAAUAAGAAUUUAUAUUUUGCAUAAAGAAUACCAAGGACCAUUAAUAUAUAUUGCAUUGUUACAUAUUUUUUUCUUUAAUGCAUUUUAAAGCUAUAACAAUAAUAAAAUUAUUAUUAUUAUUAGUUAUUGUUAUCAAAUAGAUUUUAGUCUGUUCCUUGAAAAUAUAAUAAAACAAUGAUAUUUCGGUUAAUAUGAGCAUACAUUAAAGCCAGUUACCAUGCUGCACAAAUAUUUUUACAUUAAAUAAUGCAUAGGUUUUUUUUUUUCACAUUGCAGUAGUAUGGUUUUAAUAGCAAUCACAGUUUUGUAUUUAUUUAUUUAUUUAUUGAGAAUUUGAGAAGUGUGUUUAAUUGUGCUUAAUAUCAGCAAACAAUCUUAAUGGUCCUAAAUACGGGUUUUGUUGCCUUUAUGCAAAAUAUGAUAUUUAUUUUCUCGACAGGCUUCUUGAUUUCUUUGAUGGGUUUCAUUAGAUUUGCCUUGCAGAGGUUAUAAAAACAAACAAAAUAGUGGGUUUGCUUGUAUUCAAACAUUGUGUUUUUGAGACUGACAUUCACUCAAACUAGCAGAAUGAAAGAGUAGAUGUUCUAACGCUGUAUUAGUUGUAGAUGACAGCUCUACAUGUUGUCUAAACGAUCAUUAAUGAACGUGCCAAUGACCAUUGCACCCACUAUGUUUCGUGUGUAGUACAGUAGUACAGUAGUGUAACUGAAACCAUUGUAAGCAAAAAGCGAUGUUAUAGAAUACUGUAAAAGAUGUAUUCACAACUUUUUGAGAACAAUAUCUUGGUCAGUUUGAGUGGAAGUCAUAUAUAAAUAAGUAUGCUAAUAGAAACCUUCCGUUGUGAUCUAUUAUAAAGCACAAAUGCAGUAUCAUGUGGCACUUUGAACUGCUCAACUAUGGUGAAGUUGUACAGCAUCAUAUCAAUCUUACACACUUACAGUAAGAGUUUUGAGGAGAUGUUAAAAUAUGUCUGCAUGCCUGGAGUAAUUUUUUUUUUUUUUUUUUUAAGAAUUUUUUAUGAUUUAAUUUUUUUUUCAUUGGAGGAAACUCCUGGACUUCUGAGGGCCAGUGAUGGAAUUCUUUUUCUAUAUUUUAUGGAUUGUUCUUGUUUGUUUUUAAGUGCAAUAUGUUUGUCAUGAUGACGUGGUCACGGCCGGAGCAUCUUUACUAUUACUUCAUCAUAGUGGCGUAGAGAUUCUCAUCGAACAAGUGUUUUUACAUUGAAUGAAACGUCAAAGUGAUCAGCUAGGCUUUAACUGUGAUUUGUUAUUGAUGUUGUUCUUGGGUGUUUAUUUAUUAUUGAAAAUAAACCAGUGUUACCAUGGCAAUGAAGUGCAA